AUGCGUAUUUCAGCAUUGCAGAGGUGGCUCCCACUGCCACCAAGGGCAGAAGAUGAAAUCAUAAAGCUAAGGAGAAACAGGCAAUCAUCUACUCAAGACGCCAAGCCGGGCUCAAUAUCGACACGCAUCGGCACGAGGUCAAUUACAAAUGUUGCGCAGAUAUUCCUCACGCAAACAGGCUUUGACAUGUCCCAGGCCAAUGGAAGUUGGAGACGAGAGGUCGACGACUCCACGCCACCUCCCACGCGCCGUAUCCGAAAAGCAGCAUCUACGCCGGGAUAUGCGGCUUGGGCAUUGCUCAGCGUGACGCCUCUCAACCGACUUGAGCACAAUGAUACUACUCGUACUGCCACCACUACAUGUUCAAGUGCUGUUAUUGAUAUGGCAUCGCCACUGCGCGACACAUGGACCAGCCUCCAGGUACCUGUAUCUUUAAUCGUCUGUACGGAGCAGACGCUGCCAAAAUCGGACAGUCGCAGUUUUGACUUGCAAGCAUCUUGCCGCACCUUGACCAGGGCUUUAGUGCUGACCAAGUCAACUAACCAUUUGGCAGGUCUUUCUUCCUGGACCGUUCCACCCUUGCUCUCCACCAUCAUGUCCAAAAGAAACGACCUAGCCAGAUUAGAAUGCUACUACGACGUUUUGUGCGCUUGGCCUUUGGAGAACGCAAGAUUGGUACAAGCAAUGGCACAAGGAACUUCCUCAUACCUGAGUGUCUCCAAACAUCAUUCUUAGCAGGACUGUUGGUAUUGGGGAGGCAGCAUCGCCAGGCUACAGGCAGCGUUUGUCCUGAACUUUCGAGAGAAAAAGAGCAAAUGCUACGUGACUACGGAGUAGCUGGUGAGCUCUAUCCGUUCUUAGCAUACACCCAAGCCGAUCGAUAUACCACUGUUCCUUUUAGUACAUGUACGAUACUGCUGCUAGCAUCACCAAUGCUUUGGAGAGCACCCCUGUUCAGGUCUUUAAGCCGAAGCGUGAGUGCCGAUGCCUCGGAAUCGCCCGCCUCCCAGGGUAAAAGGGGCCAGCACCAAGCCUGCGCGGUACGAGUACAGCGCUGAGGAGCAAAGACGACGGGAGGUAUUUUGCC